GCGGAGCCCGGCGGGGAUGCGGGAGGCGGCGAGCGGCUCGGGCGGAGCUCACCCCCAUCCCUUCCCCUUCGCUUCCAGCCCCGCUGGAUUUGGGGAUUUAGGAUCUACCUGAGCGCCUUGGGAAUUAUUCGUAUUUUUUAUCGUUAUUUUUUUUUUCUCUCCGCCUGAUUUUUUAAUCAUAAUUUUUUUUUUUUUGCACACGUGGAGGAACGCGUGGAUUUCCUACCAUGAUCUUGGCAAACGCCUUCUGCAUCGUCCUCUUCGUAGAUGAGAUCCUGCGCUCCCUGGCCGGGCCCCCCUCUCCUCCGGGGCUGUCCCCUCCGGGGCUGUCCCCUCCGGGGCUGUCCCCUCCGGGCUGGCGAGUGCCCGUGGAUUGUGUCCGAGCCAACGAGCUGUGCGCGGGGGAGCCGAGCUGCAGCUCCCGCUACCGCACCCUGCGCCAGUGCCUGGCCGGCCGCGACAGGAACACGCUGCUGGCCAACAAGGAGUGCCAGCUGGCCCUGGAGGUGCUGCAGGAGAGCGCUCUGUACGACUGCCGCUGCAAGAGGGGCAUGAGGAGGGAGCUGCAGUGCCUGCAGAUCUACUGGAGCAUCCACAUGGGGCUCACUGAAGGAGAGGAAUUUUAUGAAGCCUCCCCGUACGAGCCGGUCACCUCUCGUCUCUCUGAUAUAUUCAGACUCGCUUCAAUUUUCUCAGGAAUGGACCCGGCCGCCGCCUCCAGGAGCAACCACUGCCUGGACGCGGCCAAGGCCUGCAACCUCAACGACAACUGCAAGCGCCUGCGCUCGGCCUACAUCUCCACGUGCAGCCGCGAGCUGUCGGCCAGCGAGCCCUGCAGCCGCCGCAAGUGCCACAAGGCGCUGCGCCAGUUCUUCGACCGCGUGCCCGGCGAGUUCACCUUCCGCCUGCUCUUCUGCUCCUGCAAGGACCCGGCGUGCGCCGAGCGCCGGCGCCAGACCAUCGUCCCCUCCUGCUCCUACGAGGACAAGGACAAGCCCAACUGCCUGGACCUGCGCGGAGCGUGCCGGGCGGAUCACCUGUGCAGAUCCCGGCUGGCCGAUUUCCACACCAACUGCCAGGCCACCUUCCAGUCCCUGACCAGCUGUCCUGGGGACAACUUCCAGGCGUGCCUGGGCUCCUACGCGGGGCUCAUCGGCUUCGACAUCACCCCCAACUACGUGGACGCCAGCACCACCAGCAUCACCAUCUCGCCCUGGUGCUCCUGCAAAGGCAGCGGCAACUCGGAGGAGGAGUGCGAGAAAUUCCUGCGGGAUUUCACGGAAAAUCCCUGUCUCCGAAACGCCAUCCAAGCUUUUGGGAACGGGACCGACGUGAACGUGGCUCCCAAAAAUCCCAAUCCCGCCGUGACGGUGCUGCCCAAGACGGAGAAGAGCCCGGCGCUGCCGGACGACGUCAACGACAGCAACACCGCGUACGACGCCAGCGUCAUCAGCACCUGCACCUCGCUCCAGGAGCAAGGCCUGAAACCCAACAAAUCCAAGGAGCAGAGCCUGUGCUACUCCGAGGCACAGCUGACCACGGAUGUGAUGCCGGAGCAGAAAACGUUCACGGAUCCCAAGGCGGGAGGCACCGGGAGGCACCGGGAGAGCCGGAUCCUGCUCCUCAUUCCCAUCCUGAUCCCGGCACUGGGGCUAUAGAGGGGCGGGAAGGAGCGGCCGGUGGGAUGGGGACACUCAGACCAGUGCCACCAGUGCCACCAGUGCCCACCAGUGCCCACCAGUGCCAGAGACUGGAACGCUCCCAACCCCCGGGAAUGCCGAGCUCCGGAGAGGCAGGAGGACUCUUCACCACGCUGGGAAACUUUGGUGGUUUUCUUCCUACUUUUUGUUUUUCCCAGGGUUGUUUUUUUCUUUUUGGUCUUUUCUGGGUUGGUUUUCCGGAGCGGUUCUAAGGAAAACUCCCUGGAAUAGGCCUGGAAUGGGGGUCUGGAGCUGCCAGCGGUGCCGGGGAGGGGAAAGAAGUCGGAGGAAAGAUUUGGGGAAGGUGAAUUUCAGGAUUUUUUGCACCGGGGUCACAGGGACAACGAGGAUUCCACGUGGGAACAUCCCUGAGGAUGAAGGCGCCGUCGGGAGCCACCUGGAGCAGAAUCCCGGAGCUCUUCCCGUUGGAUUUUGGGGGACUUUGGUUGGGAAUUUUUCCUCUGGGACUUUCCGAAUGGAAGAGAAAAGAAACUGGUGUGAAACGUG